AACUCUUGGUCUUCCAAUCUGGUUUACAGAACUUGAUGUGUCUUCUGCUUAUGAGUAUGUUAGAGCUGAUGACGUCGAAGUAAUGCUUCAUGAGGCUUAUGAACGUCCUGCAGUUGAAGGUGUAAUUCUCUGGGUGUUUUGGAGUUGUAUAUGUCCAGGAAAUAUGCUCAACUAUUGAACGCAGAUGAUAAAAUCAAUGUGGCUGGUAAUAGAUUCCUUGCUUUUAAGAAAGAGUGGCAGUCUCAUGCUAGUGGAUGUAUUAACCAGCAAGGAGAGUUCAAAUUUUCAUGGGACUUGCAACUUCGAAAUGAUUUCCUCUUCAAAGAUAGUUAUCAAGACAUUUAUUGUUGACCAGGGUGAGUUGCCACUCGUUUCCAUCGCAUUAUAGACAUUUAGGCAUUUGUUACUAGCAGAGUUCACAUACUGCUAGUGCUCAUUAACAUUAUGAAUCACCAAUUGGCUGCUAUUUUCGUUGUGCAAUUAUAGAAAGAGAAUGGAGGUCAUGCCUUUCUUGGUUGCAGUUUCUCAUAGCAUUUUCUUUAAGAUUGAUGGUUCUCCAUUAUUACAUCCAGCCAUACAAUAGCUGAGAUGAUCUUAUCAAAUGGGCAGAAUUCCUAGACAGUACCAAGGGUGUUUCUUGUAUCUUUUGCCCAAAAUCAACUUUUCCUUGGAAAAGAGAUCCGUAAUUUGGAAUUAGGCUGGGAUUCUUUGGCUUGCCUAAUCCUGAAGAAUCUACUAAAACUGUGACAAACUUAUUAUGUGAAGUGAAAAAAAUGGUAGAAUUUGCUUGAACAAAGAGUACGGGCCACCAUCUCUUUGGUGCGAACUCGCAGUCUAUGCUUAGUAAUUACCAGCAUGUGCUCAGAAAUGGAUGAUGAUGUGUAAUUCUUAUUCCAAUUCUGCAGCUGAUCAACUUCUUGUAGAACAGUUACCCAAUAUAUACAUGAAACUGUUAAGCCUGUAAAUUUGAAGGAUGGUAUUUCAAUCAGGCAAGUCAAAUAUCGAAAGCCCAUCGUCACCUAACGUUACAUAAAAACCAAAAAGACAUUUGCCUUGUAAUCAAAGACUUCAUCCAAGAAAAUAAGAAAAAGAAAUGAUGUUCAAAUCAAUAAUGGAGCAUAUCCAAUUCCAAACCUCUAAACCUUCUAUUCCAAUUCAAGCAUUCAAGGAUAAUAGGUUUACCCCAGUCUGCAAGACAAAGCAAUUGUAGUACAAGAGAAGUCUCAAUUCUGAAGAGCCUUAGCCUUGCAGAGAAAGAUAGGUUUGAUAAACCCCGACAAAAGACAACCUGGGAGAGGGACAAAAAGCUCCGUGGGUUUUUCCCUAAGGAAUUUGAUUGACUGUUUGGUGGAGUUGGCGCCGCGCUUUUCGUAGACUACACUUGAAAAUCUCGAAAACGAUGCGUAUAAAAUGAGGAGGUUCUCUGCAUGGUGCUUCAGCAAUCGAGCAUCCAAGACAAGUCGCAGGCAAAAACAUCCCGAGAUACCCACUGCAACCAUGGAGAAUCCACAGUUGAAUAACGGCAACAAGAAGUCAGAGAUUGUAAAUGAAGGCAUGACUGGUGCAAGUAGCAUCAGUGCCACCAAUAUCAUAAUGAACCAUGACUUCUCUGGAGGACUGCAUUCUUGGCAUCCAAAUUGCUGCAAUGGCUUUGUGGUUUCGGCAGAGUCAGGUCACCCAGGAUUUGUGACAAAGCCAGUUGGUAAUUAUGCAGUUGUCUCAAAUCGAAAAGAAUGCUGGCAGGGUUUGGAGCAAGAUAUCACAAGCAGGGUUUCUCCAGGUUCCACAUAUUCAGUUUCUGCAUGUAUUGGGGUAUCAGGACCUAUGCAGGGACCAGCUGAUGUACUUGCGACUUUGAAACUGAAAUACCGAGAUUCACCAAUUGACUAUUUGUUCAUUGGAAAAACUUCUGUGUCAAAGGAGGGGUGGGAAAAGUUGGAAGGCACAUUCACCCUGUCGACCAUGCCCGAACAAGUUGUUUUUUACUUGGAAGGGCCUUCUCCUGGAGUGGACUUACUUAUAGAAUCAGUUGUUGUUACAUGCUCCAGUCCAAGCAACUUCAGUAAUACAUGCAAUCAAUGUGACAAAGCUGGAGAUGGAGAUGCAAACAUCAUUUUAAAUCCCAAAUUUGAGGAUGGCCUGAAUAACUGGUCUGGAAGAGGCUGCAAGAUUGUCUUGCAUGAUUCUAUGGCAGAUGGGAAAAUUGUCCCCCAGUCUGGAAAAGUUUUUGCAUCUGCAACUGAACGCACCCAGAGCUGGAAUGGAAUCCAGCAGGAGAUAACUGGAAGAGUGCAGAGAAAGCUAGCUUAUGAGGCCAUUGCUGUGGUUCGGAUAUUUGGUAACAAUGUUACCAGUGCUGAUGUGCGAACUACUUUAUGGGUCCAAACACCAGACCUCCGAGAACAAUAUAUAGGAAUUGCCAAUCUACAGGCAACGGAUAAGGACUGGGUGCAGUUGCAGGGAAAGUUCCUUCUGAAUGGGAACCCUAAAAGAGUAGUGAUUUACAUAGAAGGUCCGCCUGCAGGCACUGAUAUUCUUGUCAACAGUUUGGUUGUAAAGCAUGCUGAGAAAAAACCUCCUUCACCUCCUCCAGCAAUUGAGAAUCCUGCUUAUGGAGUUAAUAUAAUUCAGAAUAGCAAUUUGAGUGAUGGGACAAAUGGGUGGUUUCCUCUUGGUAAUUGCAAUCUCAGUGUUGCAAAUGGUUCACCGCAUAUACUUCCUCCGAUGGCAAGGGACUCCCUUGGACCUCAUGAACCAUUAAGUGGUCGUUACAUCCUGGUCACUAAACGCACUCAGACUUGGAUGGGCCCUGCUCAGAUGAUCACAGAUAAUAUCAAACUGUUUUUGACAUACCAGGUAUCAGCUUGGGUUAAGAUCGGUUCUGGAGCAACUAGUCCUCAAAACGUGAAUGUUGCACUUGGAGUGGACAGCCAAUGGGUCAAUGGGGGGCAAGUUGAAAUUACCGAUGACAGAUGGCAUGAAAUUGGUGGUUCCUUCAGAAUUGAGAAGCAACCAUCUAAGGUCAUGGUUUAUGUCCAGGGUCCAGCCCCAGGUGUUGACUUAAUGGUUGCUGGACUUCAAAUUUUCCCUGUUGACAGAGAGGCACGAUUCAAACAUUUGAGGAGGCAGACUGACAAGAUCCGUAAGCGCAAUGUCACCCUGAAAUUCUCAGGUGUGGAUUCAGGAAGUUUACUUGGUACAUUCAUUAAAGUCAAUCAAACACAAAACAGUUUUCCCUUUGGUUCAUGCAUGAGCAGGACGAACAUAGAUAAUGAAGAUUUUGUUAGUUUCUUUGUGAAAAAUUUCAACUGGGCUGUUUUUGGAAAUGAAUUGAAAUGGUAUUGGACAGAGGCACAGCAAGGGAACUUCAACUACAGGGAUGCUGAUGAGAUGUUGGACAUGUGUAUUAAAAACAACAUAGAAACCAGGGGUCAUUGUAUCUUCUGGGAAGUGGAAGGCACCGUCCAGCCAUGGAUUAAAGCACUGAAUAAAAAUGACUUGAUGACAGCUGUUCAAAAUCGUCUAACGGGCCUACUUACUCGGUACAAGGGAAAGUUCAGGCAUUAUGAUGUGAACAAUGAAAUGUUGCAUGGAUCAUUCUAUCAAGAUCGGCUGGGUAAAGAUAUCCGAGCAAACAUGUUCAAGACUGCCAAUCAGCUAGAUCCAUCUGCCACCCUCUUUGUGAAUGAUUACCAUGUUGAGGAUGGAGAUGACACCAGAUCAUCUCCAGAGAAGUAUAUUUCACAGAUUCUUGACUUGCAAGAACAAGGUGCUUCUGUUGGAGGAAUUGGAAUUCAAGGACAUAUAGAUAGUCCAGUUGGGCCUAUUGUCUGUUCUGCUCUUGAUAAAUUGGGUAUUCUUGGUUUACCAAUCUGGUUUACAGAGCUUGACGUGUCUUCCAUUAAUGAAUAUGUUAGGGGGGAUGAUUUGGAGGUCAUGCUUCGAGAAGCUUUUGCUCAUCCUGCGGUGGAAGGUAUUAUGCUCUGGGGAUUUUGGGAGUUGUUCAUGAGCAGAGACAAUGCUCACUUGGUUAAUGCAGAAGGUGAACUCAAUGAAGCUGGUAGAAGAUACCUUGCUCUUAAAGAAGAGUGGCUAACUGGUUCUCAUGGGCAUAUUAAUGAGCAAGGAGAAUUCACAUUUAGAGGAUUUCAUGGGACAUACAAGGUGGAAAUUGUUACUCGUUCCAAGAAGAUUACAAAAACAUUUGUUGUUGAUAAGGGAGACACUCCGCUGGUGGUGUCCAUAGACUUGAAGUAAGUUCUCAAGUGAUUGCUGCUGAACAAAUUAAAAAGUUAAUUACGUUUUCCUUGACGUCAAAAACUUGUGUAAAUAAAUUGAAAUGUUCAAGCAUGAUUAUUCACACAGUAUAUUAAAAAAUUUACCCAAAAAAAAAAAGAGUUUAUAUUUGUAUGAUUGUAUCUUCAAUGUAAAAUUCAUAUACAAUGAAUAAAAGUGUUGUGUUUGGUUGUGACAUUA